AUGCCCUCGUCAUCCACCAUCUCGUCCUCGGACAAGUCCAAGGUCAAGUCGGCCAUCCCCUCGUCGACCAACAAAAUCAUCACCGCCACCGUCGGACGCGUGUACGCCACCUCGCCCAACCCGCUCAAGUGGGACUAUGCCGGCAUCGAGGGCGCCAUCGCCUUUGUCCGCGACCUCUCCAAGGCCACCUUCUACUUCAAGGUCGUUGACCUCAAGGGAACCCGCGGCGUCAUCUGGCAGCACGAGCUCUACGACGGCUUCACCUACAACCAGGACCGCACCUUUUUCCACUCGUUCGAGGGCGACGAGUGCAUGGUCGGCUUCUCGUUUGCCGACGAGACCGAGGCCGGCGACCUCUUCAAAAAGGUCUCCAACCGCGCAAAGUACGCAAAGUCAAAGUCGGCCGCCGUCUCGUCGACCCACAAGAAGAAAAAGGGCUCCACCGGCAAGAUCGACAAGUCAAUGAUCGGCGCACCCUCGGGCUUCAAGCACGUCGCCCACAUGGGCUUCACCGCCGAACACGGCUUCAGCAGCGAAAACGUCGAUCCCAGCUGGCAGGCCCUCCUCGACCAGCUCGGCAGCAUGGGCGUCAGCGAAAAAGACAUUCGCAAAAACGAAAACUUUAUCAAGGACUUUGUCGGAAAAAGGGGCGGGCCCGGUGCCGCCGCCAAGCCCGCGCCACCGAGCCAGCCAAAGGCCAAAAAGGUCCCACCGCCGGCGCCCACGAGCAAGAGGAAGGCCCCGCCUCCACCACCUGCGCCUCGAUCCCGCGCCGGCAACGCAUCGACAGCGUCCACGUCGUCUCCAGCGCCGCCGCCUCCUCCGCCACCCCCUGCUCGAGGAGGAGCGACCGGUGCAGCCGCCGGCGGUCUUGCCGCUGGUGCGGGAGCGGCCGCCGUCGACUCGGAUGCCGGCGGCGGCGGAGGCGGCGACGGCGAUCUGGCCAGUGCCCUCGCGGCCGCCCUCAACCAGCGCAAGGAAAACAUGGGCGAUUCGGACGAGGACGAGAGCGACGACGACUGGUAG